AUGUCGAUGAUCAACUUGAGACAGAGGACCGCUCAUAUAGUACAAAACUACCACAAUGGUAUCCUAUCACUGCUCCCGUACUCUUUCGGAAGCAACAAGCGGCACUACAACUGGGGACAGCCGGGAGCUAUGAGGAAAAAAGACUUCCUGAGAGGAACAGAAAGACUGUUGAAGAACUUGAGGUGUGCCCAAGCCCUUUUAGGACACUGUGGACUGAAACCAAGGGACGUAAUUGGGCUUUUACUGCCCAAUAUACCUGAAUACAUCAUUGUGUGCCACGGCGCACUGGAAGCUGGAAUUGUCGUUACUUUCGUUAACCCUCUGUAUACACCAGAGCUUCAGAAAGCGACACAGGAGGAGCUUCUACAGAUAGUAGCAGAUUGUGAGGCAAUAUCCGACGCUCAGGCUAUAAAUUCCGAUCUUGAAGGAGAAAGUGAUGCCGACGACAAUCUUCCAUUGACAAAACAGUUUAUUCCCAAGUCAAAACCUACCACCAGGGCAAAGUCAGGCAUCAUUGUUUCAAGAAGUGUAUCAGCCAAUGCUUCUACCACUUCCGGUAACGUUUAUCAAGAUGAUUCAGAUGAUUCUGUAAAAGAUCCCGAUUAUGAAUAUUCUGGAUCAGACAGUGGAUCUGAGAUGACUAAUGCUUGUAACAGUGGGAUGAAUGAAUGUCAAGGAGCCUUAGACAUCUCAACAAAGGACGUUGAAAAUGAUGAAGAUGAACCAGAAGAGACAGGUGCUGAUGGGGAUGAUGUCGAGUUCAUUUGGACGAAAAUUGGAAGCCAACCAAAGACCUAUAAAGAUUUCAACUAUAAUCAACCACAAGGUGUCAAGGAUAUAGUUGGAUUGACAAAUGGAACCAUCGAUUCACCUGUGCAGUAUUUUCACGCAAUAUUCUCGGACGUAGUAUAUGAUAUGAUUAUUACCGAGUCUAACAGGUACGCAGAGCAAAAAGGAGUUGGUUUGAAUUUACAACGGGAUGAGUUGCAAGCGUUUUUUGGUAUGCUACUGAUAAUGGGCUUCCAUACCCUGCCAAGCCUAAGAUUGUACUGGUCAACAGAUCAAAACUUCCAUGUAAGCCGCAUAAGUAACGUAAUGUCACAAAAGAGGUUUCUACAUAUUCUUCGCUACCUUCACCUAAACGACAAUGAAGUUAUGCCACAGCGAGGACAAGAGAACUUUGAUAAGCUAUAUAAAAUACGUCCACUUGUUGAUAUUUUGAACGAACGAUUUUCAACCCUUUACGCUCCCUACAGGGAACUCUCCAUUGAUGAAAGCAUGGUUGGUUUCAAGGGUCGUACUACGUUGAAACAGUAUAUGCCCAUGAAACCAGUGAAAAGGGGAUUUAAAGUUUGGGUGAUUGCUUGUUCUCGAACCGGUUACAACUUGGGUUUCAAGAUAUAUGAAGGCAAAGAGCAAACUGAUUGGGCAGGUAUAAGCCUGGGAGAAAGAACCGUUCUUACAAUGUCUGAUAAAUAUAAUGGUGAGGGGCGCUGUCUCUACUUUGACAACUUUUUCAAUAGUUUUCCAUUGCUCAAAAUGCUUCUUGCAAAAAAUACAUUUGCAUGUGGCACACUAAGGAAAAAUAAAAAGUUUUUCCCAAAAAGUAAAAUGAGGAACGAUAAAUCCCUGAAACGUGGAGAAUCUGACUAUUGCAUGGCCGGUGAUAUUUCUGUAUACAAAUGGAAGGAUCGAGGUACCAAACCAGUCCUACUUGCUAGCAAUUUUCACGAUCCAAGGGAAGAAACAACUGUUCUUAGAACGAAUGCCCAAGGGAAUCGCGAGGAAGUUAUUUGUCCAAGUGCGGUAUCAGAUUAUAAUAAAUAUAUGCUGGGUGUGGACAAGUUUGAUCAGCUCAUGUCUCCAUAUAAUGUCUCUUGGAAAAGCAGGCGAUGGUGGAUGAAACUUUUUUACUUUGUUUUUGAUGCCUCAGUUGUAAAUAGCUACAUUCUCUACUCAGAAACGAAAAAACAGACUAAAGAGAAACCAAUAUCUCAACUACAGUAUAGGAGUAUUUUAGCUAAUCAGCUGAUCGGUUCAUUCAGUGGCCGGAAAUCAAUGGGGCCUAUACCACAAAUAAACAAAAAUAAAAUCAACAAAAUCAAUGGCCAUGGUAGCAGACAUAAAGUACUGACAGUAUUGCCCUAUUUCCACAUCUACGGGUUCAACGCUAUCAUGAAUCUCAUGCUAAAGAGUGGAGGGCAUCUUCUUUCCAUUCCCAGGUUUACGCCUGAAGACUACAUUAAGGCCCUGGUAGAAUACAGGCCUACUUUCCUAUUCGUCGUGCCAUCACUUCUGCUGUUUCUUGCCACACAUCCUUCGGUCACGAAGGAUCACUUAUCAUCCAUUGAAGCAAUCCAGUCUGGUGCUGCCCCUCUCUCCGAGGGUCAAAUACAAAAGUUCAGGGAAAAGAUUGGCAAAGACGAUGUACUUAUCAGACAAGGAUACGGCAUGACUGAGAGUUCUCCAGUUACCUUCUGCAUGCCCAGGAUAACUCCUCCAUCCAAAAUAGGCACUAUUGGAGUACCUUUACCGGCUACAGAAGCGAAAAUUCUCAGUCUAACAAACGGAGAAACCCUAGGAACACACGAAUCCGGUGAACUUUUAGUGAGAGGGCCCCAGGUAAUGAUGGGUUAUUUAAACAAUGAACAAGCGACUGCAGAUACUAUUGACGAAGAAGGAUGGUUACAUACCGGAGACGUGGCUUACUAUGACGAAGAUGCGUACUUCUACAUUGUUGAUAGAUGCAAAGAACUGAUCAAGGUGAAAGGAAACCAGACGAAAGCGGUGAAAGUGAUGCUGAAUGUUUAUUUUGUACGGGUCGAUUUUCCGAAGAUAAGAAGGAUGAAAAAUGGGCAGAAUGCAGCCAUUGUAGUAGAUGGGCACAUGAAGAUUGUGAAGAGAUUUUACCAAUAA